AUGGACGGGUUGACUCUCUCCUUAGUGACAGCUGCGUCGACACUUGCCGGAUGUUGGGGGAUGCUAGCUGUCAACCGCAUAAGUGAACUCAAGAAUCGUCCAAGGGUUACCGAGAAAACUGAUGCGCCCAUGCCUUCCCUUGCUGUCGUUCUGCCCUGCCACGGCAGCUAUAGCUUUGCAAGAAUUUGUGAACGAUGGAACUCACAGCUCAAUACGACCUACUCUGGACCGGUAAGCUUUGUGUACGUUGUUGAGUCUUUAGAUGAUCCUGCGUUCAUGACAAUAUGUAGAUACCUGAGUCAGGUCCACGGGCUGGAAGAGGCGGGAAAGGCGGCGCUAUCUCAAGAUCCUAGCUAUUUAGAGAAGGACGUCAUGCUAGAGACGUCUCCUCAUCGUAGCGUUCGCUUGGCGGUGGCAGGAGUGACUUCUCGAAGCUCACAGAAGAUUCAUAAUAUGCUCUUUGCGCUACGCGACUGCACAGCGGACUUUGUUGCGUUUCUAGACGACGAUAUCAAAGUGCACCGGGGAACAUUGGACAGCCUUGUGUUUGCCCUCCGCGCCAAUCCGCACGCGUUGGUUUCUACAGGAUAUAGCGUUGAGGUCCCAGUAGCCCAAGCCACAAGAGCCCAAAAGGAGCUACCACCCUUCGCCAACCAGCUCAUAAUGGUCUACCGGAUGAUCAACAUGAUCUCCUUUUCGUUCACGCGCGUCCCUUUUUGCUGGGGUGGAUGCUUCUGUAUGCCGCGACAAGCCAUCUACGAGGGGAGCCCCUCUCCGUACUCUGCUUGGGUGGAUGGCGGCUAUUCAGAGGACACAAUACUUUCCCACAUAGCGCAUCAGCAGGGAAGGUCAAUCAUAUGUCCAAGAGAUGCUGUUCUCGUAAAUGAGCUGCAUGCAUCUAACAGCAUUGCAAAGUCCUAUAUUCCGUAUCUGCGCAGACAGCUGUUUGUCUUGAAAACCUACCACACCCACUAUGAGAAGAUCGCAAACAGGCUACUUUUGAUAGCAGCACUAGGAGCCUUUCUUAGCGUUGAUUCGAUGGUUAUCUUGGCAGUAGUACGGGGCAUUUGCUGUAUUUCCAAACUAAGCCUGUUGGGUCUACUGCGUUCCUUGAUCUUCUUUCGAAGCAUAGAGGUUGUGGACAGGGUCUACUCCUUCCUUUUCCAUGUCAAGGACAGUCUAGGUCUUUCCACAGAGCUCGGAGCAAUCAUCCUCAAAGGCCAACUCUUCCAAGUCAACGCUCUAGUAGUCACUCUGGCGCUAUUAGCAGCUGCGCACAAUACGUGUUUUUCUCUUCUUGUGCGACUAUGUAACGUGCAAUCUCCCGAAAAGCUGCAGACCAAGCCUAGCAUCAGGAUCGGAACAACUGCCAUUGCAAUUCUAGUCCAUUGCUUUGCAAUGCCCAUCCUGAUAAUUAGCGUUAUGUUUAAGAGACAGAUCCGUUGGGGGUCACGGACAUACGUGUGUAGUGAAGGGAGGGUGGCUUCUGUAGAACUGACGAGUUCAGCCCUGAGGUCUGCCAAAGAAAAGGCAAAUGCAGAAGAGGUCCUUGCCACCGACAAAGUGCCUGUGGUAAAGGAGCGCAUACAGGCCAAUAAAAAAUCCCUCGACUGA